AUGAAUGAAGUUGAAUAUCAGAAACUAGGUGCUUCGGGUUUAUCUAUUUCCCCUAUAAUCAUUGGCUGCAUGACAUUUGGAGAUUUUCAUUCAUGGGGUAUUACUGAGGAAGAGACUGUAAUGGAAAUUUUGAAAAAAUGUUACGAUAAGGGUUUACGAACAUUUGAUACCGCUGAUGUCUACUCUAAUGGUAAAUCUGAAAUUCUUUUAGGUAAGUUUAUCAGAAAGUACAACAUACCAAGGGAAAGGAUUGUCAUAUUGACAAAAGCUUUUUGCGCUAUGGACUAUAACGAUCCUAAUUUCAGUAUGUUCAAAUAUGGAACUGAAUAUUACCCUGAGAUUGACUACGUAAAUUCCCAAGGAUUGUCUAGGAAACAUAUCCUUAAUGCUGUUGAACAUUCUGUUUCGAAUUUGGGGACUUAUAUUGAUGUACUACAGAUACACAGAUUAGAUCAUAGUACACCCAAGGAAGAGAUUAUGAAAUCAUUGCAUGAUGUAGUCGAAGGAGGAAAAGUAAGAUAUCUAGGAGCAUCUUCAAUGAAAGCUUUUGAAUUUGCGCAAUUACAAUUUAUUGCUGUGAAAAAUGGCUGGACAAGAUUUAUUAGUAUGCAAAAUUACUACAACCUUAUAUACCGCGAAGAAGAACGUGAAAUGAUUCCCUUCUGUAAGGAAAAUGACUUUGGAAAAAUUGGUGUGAUUCCUUAUUCACCAAUUGCGAGUGGCCUUCUUGCACGUCCCUUAUCUUCAGAAGGAACUCAAAGACUGUCAACAGAUCCAAUAUACGCUAAAAAAGGUUUAGACAAGCCAACUGAUGCAGAUAAGACAAUUAUAAACCGAGUCGAAAAAAUCGCAGCAAAAUAUGAGGUAAGUAUGGCUGCUGUGGCUACUAGAUGGCUUUUUAGUAAAGGUGCUAACCCGAUAGUUGGUGUUAAUUCUGUGGAAAGAGUAGACGAUUUCUUGAAAGCUUUGACCUUCAAAUUAACAGAAAGUGAAAUUGCUCUGUUAGAAGAACCCUACGCUGCAAAGGCAGUAUAUAACACUUAA